UUGGGGCAGGCGGGGAGAGGGGCAGAGAGUGCGAGGCAGAGGUAGAGAGGGUGUGUUUCUGUCGUAAGGGGACAGAAGAACCACAGGUCCUUUUUCUCCUUGCAUUUCACCUUUAGGAACAAAAAGAAAAAAAACUGUGGAAAGGGGGCGACAGAAAAAAAAGGAUAUGAAAAGAACAUGAAAGGAAGAAAUCGUCAUUAAAAGCACUACGAAGUUCUCUCUUUCCCUCUCUUCCUCCAUCUCGCACCUCUCUCAAUUUAAUCUUAAAUCCACUCCAAUUUCCCCCGAGGGACUCAAUUCUCUCUUUUCCUUGAGAGAAAGAAGGAGACGGGUCCAUUCCUCCUGGUCGAGUGACACCAGGAAUUUCCUCUUUCUCUCUGCUCCACUCCCUCGUUCCUCCCCUCCUGGACCCUCCCCCUCCACCAUGACAUUGCUGGCCUCCGAGAGGUCGCUCCUCAUCCGGAACAAGUUCCGCUCAGUCCUGCAGCUGAGGAUUCAGAACCGAAGGCAGAGUGAAAUCAAUUCAGACCCUGGGUUGAAAUCUACUGGUCCCGCUCAAAAAGCAGAAAAAGACCAGAGUGAAGCUCUGCGUCUAACUGACGAUGGUGCCACUCAGAAGUUGCCCCCUAGUGGUCUGAAUGCUGAAACUGCACAAGAGAGGACUGUGUGUGGCGCCCAGAGGCAGAAGAAGGCUCGCCAGGCGCAGGACCUCGCUGAGAGGAUCCAACGUCCUCUCGGACCUGUGGAGCAACAGCACGAACACACACUGCCCCUGGAGAACCGUCCUGCUUCCUUCCCUCUGUCUGCUGAUGUCUUCGAAGAUGACAUCUCCUCCUGCUCCUCUUCCUCACCCAAUGAGCAACAUGGCGUUCACCAAUCACCAGCCUUUUCUUCUUUACCAGGGCUCUCAGGUGACCAAUUACUGAGUGACUUCUCAGCUGUGGGCCCACCCCUCAACCACAGCCCCACUCAUGCCCAGUCUGGUUUGGCGUCGCUCCCGGCAACUGAGAGCAUCAGACAACCUAUGAGUGUAACACUGGGUGAAUCAAACUCCAUGGCAACAACUGGGAGACCAAAUGGGAUGUAUCUGACCUCUCAAACCACACCCCUGCUGCCAAAGACAGCUCGGCCUCCCAGUCCUACCUGCUCCUCAUCUCUGCCCUCUUCCCUAAACUUCAACCACCUACCCCGCCCACGGAAACCGAGGGACACCAAACCCAAGAUGAGGAAACUCAAGUAUCACCAGUACAUUCCUCCAGACCAGAGAGGAGGGUCUGGGACUGGAGGGGGAGGAGCCAAACAAAAGAGCCCUACCCCUACCCAGUCUUUAGAUCCAGCCUAUUCCCAUCUCCUGAAGCAGCAGCAGGUCUUCCUCCAGCUUCAGAUCCUCCAGAACCAGCAGCAGCAGCAACAACAGCAACAGCAACAGCAACAGUUACAACCACAACAACUCACUGUUGUACCCAGCGGAGAUAACAGUGAUCUUGUGAAGUCCUCUGGAGCCAUGCCCCUGAACCCCCAACCUGUUCCUGCGACAACAAACCACACCCCUAUGGACACAAACCCUACGUCCAAACCCGAGCUUCUCCCCACAAAUCUUGUUGAUCUAACAGUGUCAGAGUUGCGGCAACAGCUGCGUAAGCGUGGCCUCCCUGUCUCCGGUACCAAGCCAGCGCUGUUGCAGCGUCUCCGUCCCUUCCAGCUUCCCCAAGCUUGCCUCACGCCUGCUCCUCUCUGCCAGCUGGGUGCCAGCCUAGAGCCCCUCACCCCCUGCCCCCCACUACCACCGAGCCAGAGCCCAGGCUCAAGCUCCAACUCUGGACUGGACUCGCCCAGCAGCAGCCCAAACCAACAGCUCUACAUCAAGGACAGAGGAAUUCCUAAUGGGAUUCUCAGUGAUGGUCCAAAUGGAAUUCUGAACACCGCCCCAAACCGGUUCACAAAUGCUGCAUCAGUCAGUUUGGCAGGUGAACACUGCGGCCUUACCAACGCUGUCUUCCUGGCUCCUGCCAGCACCGCCUCAGAAACUCCCAGUCCCAGUCUACCCAUGUCGUCCUCUUCACCCCUGCAGUGUGGGACUCCCUGGAGAACUGAGAACGAACAGCAGCAGCAACAGCAGCAUGAGCUGAGUGUGGAGCUGGAGAUGAGGGAGAGGAUAAGGAGCAGGCCCAGAGACCGCUCAACUAACACUGGCAAUGAGUCUUGUGAAGGAUCCCUUCAUCCUUUCCUGCAACAGGAUCCAGGAUGCUCUAGGGGGAAGCCAGAAACAGACGCACAGACAGAGGUGUUGUUUACACAGGUGUUUUGCUUCCAACCAUGUGAUGUGAUUGGCCAGGACUUUGAGCUGCCAGUGCAGAUUACAGCAAGUCCUGUGCAGACCUUGCCUAGUGUUCGCAGUUUGGAAGAAGAACUACAGGAGGCUAUCCAGAAAGCACAGAUGGACCCUCGGCAGUCCAUUGAUGACAUUCUGGAUGAGCCUAUUACUUGUGUUGCCCCCAGCCCUUCUCCUCCUCCUCAAGCUGAUCAGUCCCAGCCCUCUCAGCAGAACACCAGGGAUGACAACUUCCUGCCCUCGCCCCUCUGCUCCUCUCUCUUGCUGGAGCUUCCUCCAUCUCCUGCUGUAAUAAACCCCAGCCAGGUUGUCCCAGCUCCUCCACCUCCCAUCUGUACCUCCCCUCUGCCGUCCACCGGGAAGUCACGGAAACGGCGGGCUCCGACACCGUUUGACGCUGCUGACUGGCUUGAAACGCUGACGUCUGGCCUCCGCCCUCUUACUCCACCGACAGCUCCCUUUGUUGAGUCAGACUUCAGUCUGGAUUCAGAUCUGAAUGUCAAUCGAGUGUUGGAUCUGAUGAUAGAGCAGUGGUGAGGAGUGGGGCGCAUAUCUGUUUGUAAGUCCUUUGUAUGUACAGUAGGUGAGCGUUGUAUUUUUGGUGGUUAUGAAUGGGGCAAACUGUAUGCAUCCCACUAAGGGCACAAGAUUGUUGAAUAGAGGCCUCCAUCCAUCCAUCCAUCCAUCACUGAUAGGCUGUCAGAAUCACUGGCUCCACGCAAUGUCGAGAGCUGGAUUCAUUGCAGCGAUCGGAUCAAGCAUAGCUUUGAUGGGGCAAUGAGAGCACACACACAUGCCCCUUACGCACACACACAGACAUCGCAGAGCGCUGUUUAAAAGCACUUGGGCUCAGCCAGAAACAAGCAACACAUCUGUGGAUUGACACACUCCACAGCACAAUGUUUGCAGCGCGAAACAAAAGAAAACCUGGUGGCAUAUUAAUUUAAACAUGCUUCCUGGCUGCACUGGGAGAAUGUUGUUUCUGACUUAUCUCCAAAACCCGUUGUCAGAUUGGGUUGAGUGUGGCCCCUGGUGUCAACUCAGUCAUUGAGUCCUAGCCAUUCAUAAAGCCCAUUUAGAGUGUGUAAAAGCCAGGCAGAGCACACAGCUUGUGUGUGGCUCCAAACCUUAACCCCAGUGCCAGACACACAGUCGGCAUGCAGAGAGAGAAAGCUGGCAGAAGCUACAAACAAGCUGUGUGUGUGCAUGUUUGUGUAAAUGUGCAAGCUUGUGUGUGUAUGUGUGUUAAGUAUGCGUGUGUUCUACAUGUCUGACUAUGUGUGACUGUGCACACAAGACUGCUUUUGUUUGUAUGUGUCAACGCACCAAUGCUUCCAUGUAUAUUUAUCAGCAUUAAUGCCAAAUGCACUUGUAGCUAUUUGUGUGCCUACAAUUAAGUGUGCCUGUUUGUGUGUGGUAUGACUGAUCUGUGAGAGGAUAUGUGUGAAAGACACAGAAAAGUAGCAGAGGAUUUCUCUGUCCACAUUUCAGACCAGACAUUUCACUGUAGUCUCGUUGCCAGUGGGCAGUAACUCCAGCGUAGUUAUCCAGCGUAAUCAUCAGAACAACCACAUUACCUUGCUCAAGUCACCGUUCUCCAGGAGAGCAAUCAGGCAACCACCUCACAAAUAGUCCCCCUACAAAUGCACCAAUCAGACAAGUGAGAGUUUCCUCAUCACUUUGUAAAAACAGGUGGUCAUUUUGUUCCCUGAUUAACCCCCAACAGUGUCUGGCCUGCUGCUCAGUGCUUACCCUGCUAAUUGCAAAGCCAGAUUUAGCACAAUUUAUAACCCAACACCAAGGCCACACCUGUUCACUUAGUGUAAAUUAAUUCCACAAAUGUAUUCUUUGACAUUGUCAAAUCUUUGCUGUAAAUUUCAAUGUACAAAACGUCCAUUUCUGUUAAGAGAAAAUGCACUGUAGAAUUAGCACAGAAUAAUAUGUUUGGAGAAUAUGUAACAUGUCACGUGACCAGAGGUGAGCUUGUCAGCUGAAGCUGACAUAGUAAAUGCUGCACAUUUACUUAAUGGUGACAGUGAUUUUGAUUUUAUAUUCUGCAUGAUUUACUGGUCACCCAGGAAUGGGUACAUUAUUUGUUUGCGUAACAAAUGUUCAUUGAGUUAUGUCCAUUCUCGACCCCACUUAACAUAAUGACAUGAGAGAAAAAUAAAUCUGACAGAGGUUAGCUGCCAUUAACCUCUAUUUUACCAGAUAAAUGUAAUUUAGACACAAGAUCCCAUCUACAUAAAAUUAUAUUCUGUUCUUAAUUGGCUGACUGAUCCAUCAAUCAUUUUGGAGAGCUCAGAUUGGCUCAUUCACAUCUGAAACACAUCAUAUCUUCUGUAUGACCACCUUAUUUUAAAAAAAGUGUUUUGUCCCCUGCCGUGUCUCCAAAGUAUUGUGCUAAAAUAAAAGUAAAGUGCUGAGUGCCAUAUGAUGUGUGUAAAGGCCACAGAAACUGGCAGGUCUGAGGUCAUACUACAGUAUGUUCAUGUCAUGUUUCUUGCUCUGAUGAUAAACCAGUGUCUUACUAAGCGAGACAGUCACGGUGAAUUAGAGGAAGAUAUCUGUGCAUCGGCAAAUCUUCAGCACAAUAUUACAGCUUUAUGUUGAAGCAGUUCUUGUACAGCUUUCACUACAGAGACUAUGAAAAAUGCAGUUAAAUGUGAAUAGAUGGCUAUGAUAAUCAUAGUGAUCAAUAAACAUUGCCUUACUGCAUGAAAAAAAAGAAAAAAGAAAACUGAUAGGCAGGAGAGUAAGAUGCUACCUCCUGUGACUUCCAGUGCUUCAGGGCCUACACCAGUGUUUUCCUUGUUUCUCAUUUAAUUUCCGAACACUGGUGCAGAGUCUCCUGGAACACCCUUGAGACAGUUUCACAGGUUUGAUUAAACCUAGGUUUAAUAUUUCUGUUCUAAACUGGGUUUGAAAAUGACCCGAUCUAGAUUUGAAGCUGAUGAGGACAGACGCCAACUGGAAACACUGGGGUGUUUCAGGUAGCCGAGACUCUGUUGGCCACCUUUGCUGCUAUAAAUGCCUUAUUGUGAAAUGUUUGCUUUUAUUUAUUAUGUAACUUAUUCAUUAUUCAUGCAAAAAAUAUCAACCUCUGUCCAAAAUGUAUUUAAAAUCAUUAAGAAAAUUAAAG